AUGACAUGUUUUGGAGAGGUUCUUCUAUUCAUCUCAUUGUGCUGUUUCUGCCUAGUCAUUAGUCAGCAUCUGGAGGAGCCCCUGCCUUACAACUUCGGCUAUGCUUUCCAAGAUGAUCAUGGGGCGGCGCAGUUUCGAAAGGAAAGAGGUGAUGGUCACGGUCAGGUUCAGGGAAGUUACGGCUUCACCGACGAGAGAGGAGUGCAGAGAGAAGUUCAUUAUGUAGCUGACCAAAAUGGUUUCAGAGCUCAAGUCAAAUCUAAUGAACCUGGAUUGAGUGGCAACGAACCAGCUGACGUCAAAUUACAUUAUAGUGGACAUUCGAAUUAUCAUCAAGGCUUUCAUCAUUUACAUGGCUAA